AUGGAGUUGUAUAUCCCACCACCAACGGCCUUCUUUCGACCCUUACCACCUCGACCUGUGGUUCCAGCUGUACCCAUCGUACCGGUACCAGACCUACCAGAUCGAUUGUAUGCACCUGAAGGGACAUACAUUUUGAAUCCAGAGGCAUUCACGAACAUAGGUAGUCCAGCACAUCCCACGGCUACAGAAUUGGCUAAACAAAUGCAAAGUACCAAUACUUUUUUAGCUGGAGCAAGUGGAUUCAUGGUUGCUGGACCUGGAAUGAUGCCAGGACCAAUGGGACCACCUGCAUCUACCGCAAUGUCAUACAACUCUUCAGUCGUAAAUGGUCAAGCACAACCACCUAAUCCAGUCAAAAUGUCUUUUGUAAACGUUUGGUUCCCACCUAAAGUCAUCGGUGAAAGAGGUUUCGGUGGAUUAUUAGGCAAACAACAACAACAACAGGGUAAUUUCGAUCCUCAACAACAAGCACCACCAAAAGAAGAUACUGGAUAUGGAUAUGAACAUUCUAUAUCAUCAGAAGAUUCAGAUCCAACUUCCCCUUCUGAAUUACCUGUCGUACCUUUAGAAUUACCUUUUACUACUAGUGGUGGUAAAAGAAUCCCAUUCACAAAAAAUCAGACCACGGCCAAUGUCAUUCCUCGUCCGAAGAAUAGUCUGAGGUCAUCAAGUUCAACCUUCGUUACGAGAACUCAAAUCCAGGAGAACUUGCUGAAGAAUCUGGCGGAAAGAGGAAGGAAUGGAGGUGAAAUGGCCAAGUGGGGCUUUUGGAAUUUGGGUAGGACUUUCGCUUGGGGUGAAGAAGGAGGCAAGACAAGAGAACCCCUCACCCGAGUCACGUUCUCUCAAGUCCCAUCUUGUCAUGCUGUCAACCUUCAUACGCUGGGUCCCGAUAGAGUAGAUGUUAUCGUAGGGUUCUCAUCGGGUGAUUUGGUGUGGGUUGACUUCGCAAUUGGAAAAUAUUCCAGGUUGAAUAAAGGAGGUCUUCUCAAUAAUACCGCAGUUCUUGGAGUUCAUUUUGAUCCUCGUCAACCACAUCAUUUCAUCGCUCAUUUUGCGGAUUCUACUAUCCUUCGAUUCCAUUUAUUCGCCGAUGAUCCAGUCGCUACUGUUAUGGGAUACGUUUUACCCUGGAAUAAUUACUUUGAUUCUGCAAGAAGAGAUUCUGCAACUUCCAAUACAAACACGAACACGAACACGAAUUCGAAUCAACCUACCCCUAAACCUGAUGAACAAGGCGAAUGGGAAGAAGGUUUGAUUAAAUGGAAAAAUGAAGAUUGGUCACAGCUGGGUUUAGGUAAACAAAAAGAUAUAAGUAUGUGGGCAGGCAAAAAUCCAAUUGCUGCUUGGAAAAUCGAAAAGACCAAAGUUACAGCUAUGGCCUACUCGCCAGAUGGACGUUUCUUAGCUGUCGCCGCAGAAGAUGGAAAUCUCAGAAUGAUAGAUGUUGCCGAAGAGCAAUUGACAGAUACUUUUGCGGGUUAUUUCGGUUCUCUCAACUGUAUCGCAUGGUCUCCCGACUCUCGAUUUGUUGCUGUAGGCGGUCAAGACGAUUUGAUAACGAUAUUUUCAGCAAGGGAAUCGCGUAUCGUAGCUAGAUGUCAAGGUCAUGCUGCAUUCGUAACAUCUAUCGCCUUUGACCAAUCUAGGGGAGAAGCUAGAGCCUACAGAUUUGCAAGUGUAGGCGAAGAUGCUAAAUUGAUACUCUGGGACUUUUCGGCUGCAGCUUUGCAUAGACCAAGGCAUCAUCAUCCCACCACUUCACAUCACAGAUUAGCAGCUGGUGGCAGUUCUGUAUCUCUUUCAGGCCAUGGACAUUCGAAAUCUCAUUUACCAAUAAACGUAAAAUCUAGUAUAUACCAUCCUGCACCUCCUCGAAGCGAGGUAGCUCUCUUACAGCCUGUCUUAGCUCGAGUGGUAGAAGGUAACUUGUUGAGUGGAGUUCAUAUGGUUCAAAGCUCGAUAGUAACUGUUUCAAGAGCUGCCGGCGUAAAGUUCUGGACGAGACCACCGAAGAAUCAUGGACCAAAACCACGAACAGCAAGUAAGAAUGGUAGAGAAAGUGGUAGAGAAAGGAAUCCAAGAGAAAGAGAAAUCUCUGCCACAGCGUAA